AUGACGACGGAGCGGUUGUCCAUCGCUCGAGGAAGAAGCAGCACACUACACGCGUGCGAUUGGACGGGGAUGGAAACGGCGGUAACGAAGCGGUGGAAGUGUCCAGGUCGGUCAUGUCGCGUGGCGUUGCAGCAGGGCUGCCCGGUGAUGAUGGUGGACUCAGUACUGACUGUGGGGACGGCCAUGGCGGUCAUCGUGGAGGCCAGGGCGGCUCUGGUGGAGCUCGACGAGGUGGAUCUGGAGGUCGUGAUCGAGGCUACAGCAACCGAGUUGGUGGUAGUCGUGGCGACGCAGUCGUGAUAACGGUAGCGGCAGCGGGCGGGAUGACCAAGGAGGAACACCCCAACAACGACAAUACGUGGAUACACUCAUACCCGCGACGCUGGCGGCACCACCACCGGCACCCAGCACCAACAAUUCCGACAAUUGUAGAGUCGAGACCGAAGACAAAUAAACUGGAAGUGAACGAAUUCGCGGGAAUGGAG